AUGGUCCUCACCCUCAUCGCGACCCUACUGCUUCUCCUCUCGCUCUCACCAUAUUCCGAAGCGCUCGACGCACCCUACACCGACCCCAAGUCCAAAAACUGUAGCGCACCCCUCCUGCGUAAAGAAUGGCGCGCUCUCAAUGUUUCCGAGCAGACCGCGUACAUUUCGGCAAUCCGCUGCCUUACCGCGCAGCCCUCGGCCCUCAGAAAGCUUCUUCCAGGCUCGCAGUCGCGCUUUGAUGACUUCCAGGGCGUGCACAUCCUACAGAUGGAGAACGUACAUCUGAAUGGUCGGUUUCUGCCCUGGCAUCGGUACUUCACGGCAGUAUGGGAAGGUGCAUUGAGAGGAUCUUGUGGGUAUCGGGGGUCGCAACCGUAUUGGGACUGGUCUCUUGAUUCGAAAGAAGGUAGCACCUGGGCUGAAUCACCCGUUUUCUCCAACACCACUGGCUUCGGUGGGAAUGGACCCUACGUACCCUGCUCCGAGCAGCCCUACGAAUCUCCCUGCGUCAUGAACGGUACCGGCGGUGGCUGCAUCACCAACGGCCCAUUUGCAAAUCUGACCCUUCAUAUGGGACCCGGGGGGAGGGUUGAGCGCAACGAUCACUGCAUAACAAGAGAUUUCCACCCCUAUGUACAAGAUUGGUUUAGCGAACAAGAGGUUAAUAGUACGUUGAAUGAGAAGGGCUUCGAGAGCUUGUGGAGGAGGAUCGAGGGCAUAUUUGAGGCCAGGCAGCUUGGGUUGCAUGGGGCGGGACAUCUGGGGGUUGGUGGAACACUGGCGGAUGUUUAUUCGUCGCCUGGAGACCCGCUAUUUUACCUCCACCACGCAAACCUCGACCGACUAUGGUGGGAAUGGCAGCAGAAAGACCCAGAGAGGCGUUAUACUGAUGUUUCAUCUCCUGAUAUGCAAGGGCGCGAGGCGGGGAGGGUGACGCUGAACUAUGAGCUGAAUAUGGAGAAGCUGGCGAAAAAAGUUAUUAUUGAGGACAUUAUGAAAAUCAAUGACGGGAUACUUUGUUAUAAUUAUGUGUGA